AUGGAGAGCGUUGAAGGUCUGCUGGGGAAACUACGGUUGACGGAGGAGGAGCGGGGAGGAGUGAAGAUCGGUGGCGGCGGAACCCGUCGAUCUCGUGCAGCGGAACCACAAGCGGUGGGCAAAGUCCUGGCGGAGAAGUUAGUCUCUCCUGAGACCCUAGAGAAGACGUUGGGGCGCGUUUGGUGUCCAAUUAAAGGAGUUCUUUGUAAGGAUCUGGGAGAGAAUCACUUCCUGUUCACUUUCCUGCAAGCUUCUGGAAAACGAAGAGCCCUGGAGGAUGGCCCGUGGAUGAUAUCAAAGGAUCUGGUAGUUAUGGCGGAGUUUGAUGAAUCGAAGACGUUGGAGGACAUGGAGUUCCAUCUCAUUCCAAUCUGGGUCAGGGUUUCAAACCUCCCUUUUGGUAUGAUGGAUAGAGAGACUGGCAAAACCCUAGGGGAGAAGAUUGGGUUUUUCAAAGAAGUGGACGUAGGGGAGGAUGGGACUGCAGUGGGGAGGGUUUUGAGGAUCAAGGUGUUGAUCGAUAUCCGUAAACCACUGAUGCGUGGUAUUACUGUGAAGGUAGGGGAUCCAGAAAGGGAGAAGUGGUGCUCCUUUGCCUAUGAAUUCCUCCCGGACUUUUGCUAUACCUGUGGUCUGAUCGGACAUAUUGAUAAACAUUGUCCGUCUCCAAGUGAGAGUGGUGAACCCCAACAAUUCUCAAGGAACCUGCGUUUCAUACCAGAGAAGAGGAGAGGAGAAGGGACAGGGGAGAGAAGAUCCUUUGGUCCAAAACCCAGAGGCCCGUGGUUGGGUGGAAGUUCAGGUAGUAGAGGCUCCUUUGAUUCCCGGGGUGACCGUUGGGGUUCAUCGAAGUCUGGAAGCGAUGCUUUGAAUUGGAGGAAGAGUGGAGAGGAGAAAAGUACAGAGACGGGAGAUGAGGUAACGAGCCCAGAAAAAACCUUGAAGGGUGUCGAGAAGGAGGAUGGAAAGACUUUGGGGGCAAAAAAACCUCUGCUCCCGCAGCUAGAAGCUCCUGUUCCAGCCAGGGACAAAGGUAGUUUGAUUGUGGAGAAGGGUGGUGAGGAGGACAUGAAGAAGGACAGGAGAAGAGGCACUUUCAAACGCUUAGAGAAGAGUAGGGCUGUAAAAGGAGAUAGUGGAGAAAAGAAGCAACCAGAGAAGAAGAGGAAGAUGGAUAUCGAUAGGGAGGAACAAGAGGAUGGAGUGAAGAAAGUGAAGGCAACUGAGGGGGCUAAGGACAGCCAAAACACAGAAAGAAAAAUGGCGGGGCCGGCGGACCGGUCCUGCGAGACCCAAUGA